UUUCUGCGCAAAAUCGUUUCUACGAAUGACGUCAUUCUUGUGUCCAUCCGUGUGCAGGGACGUGGCAUCGGAGGAUUUGUAUUAAAUCAUCACUCGGCGGCCUUUCUAGUUCGGUGGAACUCAGUGUGUUUGGUGUGGACCGUGAACCCGAGUCGUCGGAGAGUCAUGGGACUCACGAUAUCAAGCCUUUUCACACGCCUCUUCGGCAAGAAACAAGUGCGGAUACUGAUGGUCGGUCUGGACGCAGCUGGCAAGACCACUAUUUUAUACAAGUUAAAGCUGGGCGAGAUUGUGACGACCAUCCCCACCAUUGGGUUUAACGUGGAAACGGUGGAAUACAAAAACAUUUGCUUCACGGUCUGGGACGUCGGAGGGCAGGACAAGAUCCGACCCCUGUGGAGACACUACUUCCAAAACACCCAGGGCCUGAUUUUUGUGGUGGACAGCAAUGACAGAGAACGCUCGUCGGAAGCACAAGAUGAGCUGCAAAAGAUGCUGAAUGAAGAUGAACUUCGGGAUGCUGUACUCUUGGUCUUCGCAAACAAGCAGGACCUACCAAAUGCCAUGCCUGCGUCAGAACUCACCGACAAACUGGGCCUCAACAACCUUAGAAACCGAAGUUGGUACAUCCAGGCCACCUGUGCAACGCAGGGAACUGGUCUCUACGAGGGCCUGGACUGGCUCUCCAACGAACUGUCGAAAAAGUAACUCCCUCCCUUCUUUGGGAGAGGGGGAGCGGUCUGCUGGGGGAGAGGGCAAGCUGCCACACGGGCAGAGAAGGCACAGGGGGAGGUGAUCGGCCGCUGGCAGCCUAGCUUUAUUCAGCCGACCGGAGGGACGAGCGGGUUCCAGACGUUUGGAAGGGGACAAGCACCUCCAGCAUUGUUCCUAUCUUUUUUUUUUUCUUCUUUGAGGUUCUUAUUUAAUGUUCGGAAGGAAGCACCGAGAACGGGGAGUUUUACACAUGUAACGCCACUGUUUGUGCUUGCUCGUUUCAGUUUAUGAAGGUAAUAAAUUAUCGCUCUUCACCUUCCCUGUGGUGCUGCGUUUAGUGGUGCGUGCGAGAAUGGUUAUAGUUUCUUUCUUUUGGGGAGGCUUCUUAUUUUGGCAGGCAACACUUGUCUGUGUUUCACUUUAAGAUGCGUAUCUUAUUACAUUGUUUUACAUCUUUUUGUACAAGGGGAACACUGAAAAGGCACACCAAAAAUUUAGUCAUGUUGAAAACCUAAGUUUCCUCUUGCAGGUGCUGUUUCAAUGUGUUGUCUGUAUUCAGUGUCCAUGUGCGUGUUUGUACACAAUUUGUUUUUACUUGUUCUUUCGUUGGCUGUUGCUUGUAAAUACGCCAGUGCAGGAGUGGACAUGAUGUCAUGCUGUACUCUGGAAACUGUCAGGCAAUUCAUGGGACCAACCUGACUGGGGAAAUGGCUGGCAUUGCACCAAUGCAGGCAGUGGUGUUGGCAUAUGAGCCCCCUUGCAUUGUGCCCAAACAGAAAGGAAAUUCCAGUGAUUUGGCUUUUGGUUUGUGAAACUGAAGUUCUACUAAAGCUAUUGUUGUGGCACCUGUGAUAAUGCACACUUAUUAUUCUUGGUUGGUUGGAUGUUCUUUCCCCCUUGUUUUAAUUUGAAGCAAAAAAUCAUGUUGCCUAGCCUUGACAAGUCAUGAAAUAAAUUUGGUAGGCAGAUGCGUUCUGUCUGUGUUUGUUUGGAAA